CAACUGACCAUGGUGUUGACUGAAUGGCAGCUAGUGUCGCUCAGAAGUGUGUAUUGUUAAUUAGCUGUAACAGCAGCAGUGUGAGGUGUGGAUGAGCUGGUUUACCAGAAGGUGAUAGAGAUGUUUUGGAGCUCAGCAGCUCGUCGGGGAUGUGUCGGACUUCUCCGUUGCUGGUCCCUCACAGUCUGUCCCAGGACACUCCCGACCCCUCUCUGCCCUCUGCACACUUCACGGUUCUUCUCCAUCUCGGUCCCCGCGAAGUCUCCAACACAAGAAGAGGUUAACCAGCCUCUGAAGCAGUGGGAUCUGGCGGUGAGCCCCUUCAGCACGGUGCGGGCACAGCUGGGCUGCAGCAUCUCGAUCCGCCCGCUGGACCCGCACGAUUUCCCCGAGGCUGACCGAGUCUUCAUCACAGUUCAUGGGACAGACAGCGAACAGGAGGUCGGUCUGGAUCACUUACACGUCCGCUAUGAUGAACAGAACAAAGAGCUGCUCAUCUCAGCUGAGAAGGUUAAAAGCAGCGUGUCGAUUGAUCUAACUGCACCUAUCAAAAGUAAUCUUUUCCUUACUACUCAAGGAAAAGGCAACGUGCAGGUGAAGAACAUGGAGUGUGAUGUCUGCAAGGUGCAGACAGAGAAGGGCAACUGUUUGCUGCACUCUGUCAAGGGUCAUCAGGUUGAGGUCCAGUCCCAUGGAGGACAUGUUACUGGUGCAGGCACUAUCCAUGGCAAUGUGGACAUCAGCACACGUGGAGACGGUGGAGUGGAUGUCAAGAAGCUUCAGGGCACCACAAUGAAUAUUUCAACAGAGCAUGGACCUCUGAAGGUCAAAGCCAUCUAUGCCGAGUCCAGUUGUGUCUCCUCCUGCUCUGGGAGAGUAGAACUGGGGCAUGUACACGGUAACGCCACUGUGAAGAACGUGUCUGGAGAUACAGUUAUUGAUGGUUCGAAUAGUGUCCUAAAGGUUUCCUCUCACGGCGGAGGCAUUGAUGUAUAUGUGGGAGACGGUGGAAGUGCCGAACUCCACAGUCAGGAAGGAGCGGUGUGUGUGCGUGUCCCCUCCUCGUUGAAAGCUGGGAUGGAGCUCUGUGGAACAUCGGUGGUCAUCAGCCCGGAGGUUGUUCUGCAUGGAGUAGAAAACAACACAACUGAGGGCCAAACCACAGUUAUUGGCUUUGUAAAUGGAGAGUCCCCUGUGGACCAGUGGGUUAAAGCUCGGGCAGACAGAAACUCGGUCAGACUGAAGACACAAAGCUGGUUCGAAUCCCUGAAGCUGGGGAGGUGAGUUAUGAGCUUUACACUUACAAAGCCAGAUGAUCAUACUGUCGCUCCUCAAGACUGGAAGUAUCUAAAGCUCUGUGCUCAGGAUAUACUGUACUUUCAAUAAGGACAUUACGUAUCAUUUAUAGUAUUUUUACAGAAAUCACUGUACAUGCACUGCUUCUUGAAAGCAUAAAAUGCAACUGCACACCAGUGGUGGUUUGUGCUGACCUGUCAAUGGUGUUUGAGAAACUGUUGUUUUGCUCACUUGUUGUAUGUUUACUUGUGGUGUGAAAUAUUGGCAGCAAUUGAAUGUCCUCUGUAUAGUAUGUAAAUACUAUUAAAAUGAUUCUCAAACUGUGACA